GAACGAACACAGCGUAACAAAGAAGCUUUUGAGCAGAUUUGAGUGUCCUUCAAUGACCAACGUCGUUCCAUCUCCGCGCGUAACUGGAGAGAGGACCGUUUCGGAGCGGGUUUCCACCUUCAUCAACUAUCUCUGUGUGUGAGAUACGGACAGUUUGUUUUUUUUUUUCCACCACUGGAACGACACAUUAGUGUGUUUUGACUAUAGAAAAAAAAAACAUUUGUGGAUGUCAGAGGUGCGUUUGUAAACCUUCAGUAUUUGCUUUUUGCUUGGAGGCGACCCAAAGUUCCGCAGGCGCAGUGCUCCUGUCUUUGACAACAGCGGUCGGUGCGGGGAGUCCGACUCGGUUUUGUUGUCGUGGUACUCGCCAGUAUAGAGAUAGCAUCGGCGGUAGAAGGAGGAGGAGGGUGGGGGGGGUUACAGAGACUCCUGCAGGGUAAUUGUAGCAGCCUCCGAUCGCAGGUGUGUCACUGAUCCGCCUGUGAGGGACUUGGGGGGGGGUGCUUUAUCCUGAUCGAGCCGCUCUCAGAAUUGUGCGUAACAAGGAGAGAGAAGGAGGCAAAAAAAAAAAAAAAAGAAAAGAAAAGAAGAAAAAAAAAAACAACUGGGAGAAUGUUGCACCAAGUACAAUGAGCGCAAAUUUGUCGCAGACACCCAAAUCUAUUUAUGCUCCGUCGAAAUCAGUUUUGAUGAGCAAUUCUGAGUCGUCUUUGGAAUUUAAAAAAAAAAGUGGAUCCAACGACUUUACAACCAUGCGAAAUACUUGGCUGUCUCCCCGGAGUGCGAUUUGGGAAUACUGGACACCGCUGCUUGUAUGUCUGUUUUGGAUUCAGUACACUUAUGGGAUGCCUCAUGUUAUUCGAAUAGGUGGGAUCUUUGAACAAACAGAUGGACCUGUUUCCCUUGUUAGCGCCGAGGAACUUGCCUUUAAAUUUGCUGUUAAUAACAUUAACAGAAAUAGGACUUUGUUGCCAAAUACAACAUUAACAUAUGACAUACAGAGGAUUAAUAUCUACGACAGUUUUGAGGCGUCGAGAAAAGCUUGUGACCAGCUGUCUUUAGGUGUGGUUGCAAUAUUUGGGCCUUCACAUAGCUCGUCGUCAAAUGCUGUGCAGUCGAUCUGCAACGCGUUGGAAGUGCCGCACAUCCAGGUGCGGUGGAAACACCACCCCAUGGACAACAGGGACACCUUUUAUGCCAAUUUAUAUCCAGAUUACUCCUCACUAAGCUAUGCCAUCUUGGACCUGGUGCAGUUUCUCAAAUGGAAAACAGCCACUGUUGUAUAUGAUGACAGCACAGGCCUAAUACGACUACAGGAGCUGAUAAUGGCCCCGUCCAGGUACAACAUCAGGCUAAAGAUUCGUCAGCUUCCUCUGGAUACGCAGGACACCAGACCCCUCCUCAAAGAAAUGAAGAGGAGCCGGGAAUUUCGCAUCAUCUUCGACUGCAGCCACCACAUGGCAGCGCAGAUUCUCAAACAGGCCCAGACCAUGGGGAUGAUGACAGAGUAUUACCACUAUAUCUUCACCACUCUGGACCUGAUGGCCAUUGACCUGGAGCCGUACAAAUUCUGUGGCGUAAACAUGACCGGCUUCCGCAUCCUUAAUGUGGAUAAUCCCCAGGUCGCAGCCAUUGUGGAGAAAUGGUCGAUGGAAAGGCAGAUACCACCGAAACCAGACUCGGGCCUCCUGGAGGGCAUCAUGACGACAGAUGCAGCUCUGACCUAUGAUGCGGUCCACAUUGUGUCCGUGUCAUACCAACACGCUCCGCAGAUGACCGUAAACUCGCUGCAGUGCCACCGCCACAAACCCUGGAGAUUUGGAGGACGCUUCAUGAGUUUCAUCAAAGAGUCCCACUGGGAUGGUUUGACGGGGAGGCUGUCUUUCAAUAAGACAUCGGGUCUGCGUACGGACUUCGACCUGGACAUCAUCAGCCUGAAGGAGGACGGGCUUGAGAAGGUGGGGAAGUGGAGUGCGUCCGGAGGGCUUAACAUCACAGAAGUGCCGAAGCGAAAAGGGAUGAACAUCACUGAUUCCCUGGCUAACCGCUCCCUCGUCAUUACCACCAUCCUGGAGGAGCCAUAUGUCAUGCUUAAGAAGUCUGACAAGGCGCUGGUUGGGAACGAUCGCUUCGAAGGCUUCUGCAUCGACUUGCUCAAAGAGCUGGCCAACAUCCUGGGCUUCUCAUAUGAGAUCCGUCUAGUGCCUGAUGGGAAAUAUGGCUCUCCGGAUGAGAAGGGCCAGUGGAACGGCAUGAUCAGGGAACUUAUCGAACAUAGGGCAGACCUGGCCGUGGCACCUCUCACCAUCACCUACAUGCGUGAAAAAGUCAUCGACUUCACCAAACCCUUCAUGAGCAUGGGCAUCAGCAUCCUGUACCGCAAACCCAACGCCACCAACAACGGCUUCUUCUCCUUCCUGAACCCUAUGACUCCUGACAUUUGGGUCUACAUCCUCCUGGCCUACCUGGGUGUUAGCUGUGUCCUCUUUGUCAUUGCUCGGUAA